AUGGACAGCUGGACUCUUCAAGGGGACAGUUACUCUUUCCUACACAGUGCACCCUGCACUCCAUAUUCCUUGACCCAUCGGGACGGAUCCCCCAACCACGUUGAAAUAUUUGACAUCAUCAGCUCUCCGAUCCAACGCGGUGCCAUCUCAGAGACCACUUGCCUGUGUGACAUAUUUGGGGAUGAUUGUGAGUCACCCUCGCUCUCCAGCAGCCCUGCUGUAGGGGCCAUUGUCCAUUCCCAGACUGAAGCAGAGGGGACAACAGUCGCAUCACCACCACUGGAUGAUCUGAAUGAGUCCUCGGGCUCGUAUCAUACGGCCCCGUGUUCCAGUGAAGGAGAAGAGGGACUUGACGACCAAGUAGAUACGAUUCACAGCCCUCUACUGCAGGGUGAGUCCGGCAAGCCCACCAUUGAGUGCUCUGAACUUUCUAAAGAUAAUAGCUCAAGUUUUGAAUCAAAAGAUAAAUCACUCCUGCCACAGAUUAGUUCUGAAGUUGACACUAUUUUUGGGGAGAGGACACUAUCUCCUGGACACAACAGCUCCUCAAUCUCAUCUUUGUCUUCUUCCUCUGCUGAGACGAGAUGUUCACGUUCAGUAAAUCAUCAAGAACAAGGUAGGCUUACUCCAAGAAAUAAUAAUCCCUCCCACCAAUCACUUACUCAGAGUCCCUCCCUUGCAUCCAUGAACUGCAACAUCGCAUCCUCCCUUGAAUCAGUGAACAUCCAGUCUGAGGUUAGAGAAGCAGGAGUUUCACCUGGGCCCACACCCACUGAUUGUUCUUCUCAAUCUUCAAAUGUAGACUCUACAUCCAACCUUCCAUUUGAUUUUCCUUCACCUGGCUGUACAGAAGGCCAGUCUGAAGAUUCCCUUCAGUUGAAUAAUACACCCUACUCAUUAAAUACUCCAUCAUCAUCUCCCUUCCCUGAACUGGGAGGAAGGGUGUCCCUUCCUGAUCUCAUGAGCAGAGGCUCCACACCUGAUAUACAAAUAGAAAACUCUAUCCAAAACUCUGAGUUGCUUCAAUAUCUCACCAAAGAAAGUACAAUUCCACUUGAAAAUCUAGAUGCAGGUUUGCACGCUGAGUUUGCCAUUGGGUCAAGACCUGCCCCACGAUAUAAGCCCCCCUCCCCUGGUAUUUCAUUCAUCCCAUCUCAUGUGGAGAGUGGUGGUUUGCCUGAAUUAAAGCACACCUCUCCGUCACCUGACCGGUUAGGUGCUCCAUCAAUGAACAAGAGUUGGUCAAGAACUUCCUCCCCUGGAUCCUCCAGGUCUAAGUCAGCAUCUUCUGAAAUCAUCACUGCGGCCUGUUCACCUGUUAUCAGCUAUAGUUUAUCUCCAUCGCCUGGCAUUAGGAGCACAUGUUCUUCCAUUGAGAGUACACACACGGCUCCUUCACCUGAAAUCCGGAUCACAGCAUCCUCACCCGAGGUUAAAAGGAGAGAAUGCAUGUCUGAAGAGCACUCAACACCAGACUCUCUUCUUUUAGAGUCAUCAAGGAGUAACACCUCCUCCCCGCACAUCACAGGGAAUUCUUACUCUGACGGGGACACUUCACUGUUUCCAGAGCUGCGUCGUCUCUCCACACCUGAGCCUGGUAGGACAGAUGUGUCUCCUGACAGACAGAGCCCUGCCUCAAACAGAGCGAAGCAAUUGGAGAGGGAGAAGAGAAUGCAACUGGAAGAGGAGAGAGAAAGGCGAUUAAGGGGGAUAGAGAGAGAAAAGGGGAGGGUGGGGUGGGAGGAGUGGCAUAAAGAUGCCAGUUACAGAGGGGAACAGGUUGAGCUGUCAUUCAAUGCCAAGAAUAGAAACGGGCCCACAAGUCGCAGUACAGCCCCCACAAGCAGAGAGAGUCGUCAGGGACUGCCAACAGUGCAUUCCUAUUCAGAGAGCUUGCCUGCCACUACAGAGCCACAGGAACAGAAAAGUCUGCUUAAACUUGCUUCCCAACAAGACAAGGGUGGUUGUCCGACCGGGCGACUUCAGCCUUCAGCACCGCAAAACAAGAUCAGUGCACGAUCGGUCACAAACAGGCCCGGCCGGAGUUCGAGCUCCAGUAUGGGAAGUGAGUUGGAUGAGGCAGACAAUGAGGUGAAGUGGCUCACAGACGUGGCUUUUCGUAGCCUGUCCAGCCCAGAGGUAGAUUAUCUUGACAUGUACAACUCCAGCCACCGGUCUUCUACCAACAUUUCCCAGCCGUCUACUCAGGAGAGCCCAGCUGGGGUCAGUGGUGUCUGGCCGACUUAUGCUGACUUUAGGGGUUCUGCUUCAAAGCUGGAAAAUGAUGAAUACUUUUUCCAGCAGCAACCUCUGUACCAUUCAGACGGAAUGGGUCCAUCACACCCCUAUGAAAUGGGAAGCUUUGAGUGCAUAGAUGUGGCUGUGGAAAGAGAAGAAUCUAAAAAGAUGAAAAGAGGAGUACCAAAAAGACAAAUCCAGUUAAAGAAAAAGGAAAGUAAGGAUGACAGCAGUGAAAAUAAAAGUCCUGGAAUGCUUGCGAUGGAGAACAGCACUUUGCUUGAGAGGCAUUCCGGAGAGGUAUUUCUGAGACAAUACAGUACACCAGCAGAAGUCCAAGAAUGCUACACUCCUGAACUCUGCCAUGAGCCUGAACACAAUGAAAGAAAAAACAAAUUGCAAAAAUCUGUUUCUCUGGAUGAAACAUCCUCUAAAACCAAGAUGGCCACUUGCCUUAUCAAAAGUAUCUUGUCCAAGAAGAUGCAGGGUGCUGAUAAUCAACCUGAUGAACCUAAUGAGGAGGAAGUAAACACUACUGAGGGCGACCCAGAUUCCAUUCUAUACUCAAACCCCUCUAAAGAUAUUGCUGUGAAAGGAGAACAAAUACAAAGAGAUGACAUGAGGCCAGUAAAGAGUAAUGGAGACCAAUUCAACAUGCAAAGUUCAAUCAGCAGCAACAGAAUUGGUAACUUUUCACAUACUAACCACAAACAAUCGAAUUCUAAAGACAGGAAUACAACCGCACUCCCAUCUGAAAUCAGAUCCCAGUUAAGAGUGCCAUUGGAUAGCUGGCAGUCAAAAAAUGGAGUACAACCUAUAGAUGAAAGAAAAACAUGGCAGGAAAGCGACUCAACAAAUGCCAACACAGGAGAUCCUUCUGUUACUAGAGCCUACAGCACACCGACUAUGAUGACAAGCCUACAACAGGAAUGUGAACACAUAGAAGGCCAUAAACAAGUGCAACAAGGUGAGAGUCGCCAUACACCAAAGGGAACACAGGAGGCUAAACUUAAAAAUGUAGAAAAAAAGAAAGCGUCUCUGAAUGUCUGCCUUACUCCCGAGGCCGAAAAAAAUCUAGAUGCAUCUCCACCAGAUUUCAGACAACUGGAGGAAAAGGUCAAUGUGGAUUUCAAAAUUGAGGAUGACAGGAAUGAGAAUAAUAAAGUAAAGGGCCCCAUCCACAAAGUCAGGGAUGUUAGAAGGCUUGUUAAGAACACAUAUAAUCUGUCAUUCAAGGCAACCAUGUCUGUGUCUCCUUCAGAUAUUAAUGAAGAAAAGAUUGUACAUUUGAAUGAGAUUAAUGAAGACAGAAUAAAUGAGGAUGUGAGCGAAAAUGUGCAAGGAAAGACAGAGGAGAUGCGCGAGGAAACAAAUAAGUGCACAGUGAAGAUGGGAGAGAAACAAAAAGUAGAGGUAAAAGAUAAAAAGCUGCCUAUGCAAAGUGAAGAGAAGUCUCAAUCUCAGUUGCACCCAAUGCAAAUAGAAUGCAAGGCAGUUUGCUGGCGGGAGGGCAAGAAUAAUAUAGUACAAAGCCAUAAAGACUCAGGUGGAAAAAUAUUGGCUUCUGAAGGAGAGCAAACAUGUAAUUCAGAUAUACAACAAGGGAUGCAGGAACCAUCAUCUAAGGGAAGAACAGCCAAGUCCUGGCAACAAACUUCAAAUAUGGAGGCAGAAACCCAUAAAGAGACAGCGAGUGAGGUGGUAAUGAGAUCGGACAAAAAACCUCCCAUGUUAGUAAGUCUCCCCAAACUUACAAGUAAGGAAAGAGAGGUGUCCACUGCAGUUGUGUUAAUUAGGGAUGCAUCCAGACAAGAAAAGACAAGUGCACCACCAACCCAGGAAGAUGUUCACAUUUGUCCCCAGGCCCAAGCUGCCACACCUUCACCUGAGGUCACAGCCACAGGCAGCGCCCCAAGCGCUAGUAGUCACUCAGUGUCCAUGUUGUUAAAGGAGAAAGGCUACCAAGCUGACAUUGGAGCAGUGAUGGGUGACAGCCAGAAUUCUGCUGGAGGAAAAAAGGUCCCACGUAAGCAUAUGAAUUGCUUAGAGAUCCCAUUCCAGACUCCUUCAGAUGUUCAAAAUGAACCCCACAGAGAGAAGACAUUGUCUUCUUCAUCCACCAUGUCCAGCCCUUCAUUUUCAUGCGACCAUGCAGAUAAACCGACCAAGGCCACAGAGGACGAGGUGGGCCCUACCAAGCACAAAAACACAAUCCCACAGGGACCUCCACAGGACUAUAUGCAAACUCCAAACAAACAGAAAGAAACGGAAGACUUUGAAGGAGUAAAAAGACAGGACUCAAAUUUUCCGCCGAGGUCCCCUGUGGUGCGACGAUUCCGACCUCAGCCCAUUGAGGUGAAGUCCCUUUCAAAAGAGACAAUCACAAAACAAGAGAUUACCACCAACAGCCCCAAAAACAACAGAUCACAAACUAUAGAGUUUAAAUCUAUUGCAAAAAAUACUGACAAGCCAAUUGUACCUCCAAAACCGACCUGCAAAUUUAAACCUGCAGAUUUUGGAGCCAAGACAAAUGAAGUGCCUUUCAACAUAAAACCGCAAAGUGAGGAGAGAUCUCGAACAAUUGUAGUGUCAUCUCCUACAAUCUACAGAAAGAUCCCCACUGAGGCCUCUUCAACAUCUAACCAAACAAGAAAACUUGCUGUGUCCACCGUAUCCAGCCUCAAGCCCCUGCCAAGCAAAAUAACAACAGCCAGCAUCUCAAGCCUUGCAAAUCAGUCAGCAACAGAAGCUUCUAGAGACAGAGAUGAGCAGCAGUCCCUUCAGGCGUCACCUGUGCGAUCGGUGCAUGCUACAACUGCAACCUCAGCUCCUGCGCCAAGUGUCACUUCCACUGAGAGUGAUGCAGUUGAAAACCAGGUUCCUGAACUUCCACAUGCAAGCCAGCCAGCUAACACACAUGAAGCAACUCUGUCCACAACCUCAAGCCAUCCCAAACCUCCUGUUGCUGUCUCCACAACAGGAUACAUACAGCAACAAUACCGCAGGUCAUUGUCCAGCGAGCGCGCCCAAAGGACCACUGACAUGCAUUUUUAUGCCUCCGAUGACCCUCCAAGCUAUGAUGAAAGAGAGAGCUUUAGUCCCCUCUUGCCAGAUUUUACCCCCAGAAGAUCAAACCGCUAUCAGAACCCAUCCCACCCUCCUCCGUGUUCCUGUACAGCAGGCUGCCCUCCUCCUCCUCAGCCUGCUCUCCCACCUCUUCCUGCUCCUCCACAUCAUCAUCAUCAUCAUCAUCAUCACCACAGCCCCCACAACCUCACCCCACCCCCUCCACACUCCCCAGGUCAUGUCAUACCUCACCAUGCCCCCCUACGUACCCAUCAGUACAGAGCUGAUCCUCAGCCUGUAAUCUUCCAGCCCAGCUCAUCACCAAAGUCAAGCCCUCUUGGUCCUAACCAUCCGCCCGCCAUUUACCAACCUCUUCACCAGCCUCCCACGUGUCCUCCCAACCCUUCAAUUAUGCCAGUGGAACGUCCAAUGCCCAUUGAACCCCGGCGGCUCCCUCUACACAGAUCUCCCCAGCAGCAGCCGCCAGGCAUGCCUGGUGCUCCAUAUAGUGAUCAUGGGCACAGUCACUCACCUGGCCUGGGUCCCAUUGAUCCCCAGUAUCUGUAUGGGUCUGAGUACGGGGGUGACAGCUCCAGUUUGUACUCAGAGAGCCACUUUGGACAGACACCUCGUAGAGUCCUACUGGAUCCUGAAACAGGGAAGUAUUUUUACAUAGAGGUGCCGAUGCAGCCCUUGAGGAAGAUGUUGUUUGACCCAGAAACCGGCCAGUAUGUGGAAGUUCUCAUCCCCCAGCAAGCCAUGUCUCACUCAGGCGUAUAUCCCUCACCAGCAGCCCCGUACUCAUCCCUCCACAAUCCCAAUAUGUACGGCCCUGCUCCACAAUACAUGCCCUACGCCGCUCACCCUCCACCUGCUCACCCCCAUCCCCAGCCACCCCGAUAUCCCGAAGUCUCUGCUUCAGCAACAAUGCAUCCUAACGGGCCCAGUGGCAGCUACAGGAGUUGUUCUGGUCAGGGGUCCAAGCCAGAACCCCAAAGCCAUCCAUCGCUGGACCAGAGCUACCUGGACGGUAUGUAUUAUGUUCCCACAGGGAUGAACGCAAGCGCCAAUACCACCCCUUCAGUCUACCACCAUAAACAUCCCUCCAGCCUUCCUCCAUCAGGGGGGAAAAGGUCCUGAAAUAGAGGACACAAGCCGUCUUCCUGGAGCCUGUCGGGUUUUAAAUACACACUGUAUAAAGAGGGUGCCUAAUGUUAGCUUGUAAUGUUAUUGGAGUGUUCAUGUCGCUGUUCAAAACGGUUGUUGUUUAUUUGCUGCUGCUGCUACUUGUUAACAAUAUAAUAACAGUGCAGUUAUUUGGAUAAUGAUUUUUAAAAACAUAAAACUCCUACCUUAUACAAUAAUAUUUUGUCAUUUUUUAUACAAAGCAGUACACUCAACAGCCAUGCAGAAGCACUGUUGCUAUUGUGUGUAUACGUUCACGACAAAAUGUGUCCCGGGAAACUUGAA